AUGGACGUUAUGUCGGUCGAGGCAUGUGUUCAGGCCGUCAUUGGAGCCUAUCGCGAUGCUUCAAAGUUGAUACAGCGGCUCAAAAAUAAGCAAAAUACCUCGGAGGAGUUCAUCCUGCCAGAGCAAUUGACGAAGGAUUUCGAGGACUCUCUGUCACUAGGAUGCUCCGCGGUGCAGAGCCUGUACGACCACGACGUUCGUCGCUUCGGCGAAACCUACGCCCGAGGGGACGCUGUUGCCCGAGAACAGAUGAAAGACAUCCUCAUCAACCUGCAGCAAGCUGUGAUCUCGCAUCUGCGGGAAGUCUUUAUGGACGAAGCGACACUCGACCUCUACAUGCUGAAGGAAACAUCAGACGAUUGUCGGGUCAAUGCAACUGUGUGUCUAGGCCAGCUUUACCAACGUAUGUCGACAGCCACGGCGGCAAUGAAACAAAUAUCCCGUCCAUAUGUCGAUGACUCGGACAAAGUCCAGCUGCCUGGGUCUCUAGCUUAUUCAAGCAGCCGCAGUACGCAUUCCUCGUUCGGGGGAAGACCAUCUGACAAUCAAUCGGCCACAUCCUAUACCACAUACAGCUCAAGGACAACCGUGGGGCACGAUCGCAAACCGUCCGAUGGGUUGGCACCGCAACGGAGGACUUCCAUGAAUUCAACAAUGUCUUACAUGAGCGAGCCGCCCAAGAGCCGUACGCCAGGUGAAGACAAUGUGCCGGCCCUCCCAUUUCCUAUGCAGAGGCAGACCAGCCAUAGGGUUGUUGAGACUAUAUCCAAUGGUUUUGGUGUGUUGCAGCAACAGGAGGACAGGGCGCCGACAACAAAUGCAGAUCCGCCACCGUACAGACCAAACUUGACGAGGCCAGUCUACACGAGUGAUGACAAGGGGCAAAGGUUUCCAAAAGAGUCCAGCUUCUACCAGUCACCAGUACUAGGCCAGUAUGACCAUGUGCCACAGAACCCUUCCCUGGAACGCAGUCCUCGAAUAGCAGGGGACAACCCGAUCUCUGUGGCGAACCUCCCUGCCCAAGUCCACGAGCUUGACCAUAGCCAAGCCCUUGAGGCACGUCAAACACAAGAACAAAAAGCGGCGGAGGAGAAUACCUCCACGAAUAUGUCACCGAAUCAACGACAGGCAGUUCCUCUGAACCCCGAUUACAGCACACUGGAAUACGUUACCACGUUGGACUCUCGGAGCCGUCCCCCAGCAGCUCCAACGCCAGAACAACACUACCAAAGCUUUUUGCAACAACUGCCUCCCCACUUACAACAGCAGGUGCAGCAAUCGAUGUGGCAUGGAUACCAAUCUCAGCAGAUGCAACAAGGCCCUUCAACCGCCGACUCGCCUAUCUCGAGGCCCCAGACCAGCAACGCCGGGGCUGAAACUGUGCCCGCAGUUGUCGAUCCUCAUUUCCAACAAAGGGUUCCGCCCGUUCCUCCAAUUCCACGACCACUGUCGAUUCGGUCUACCGGCUCGAAUGGAUCAAGAAUGGCAUCUUUCGCGAUACGCAAGGGAUUGCCACCGGGUAUUGCCAAUGCGAUACACAAACCUGUAUCUUCAUCACUAGAGAUGCAAUUUAACAGCCUGCCUCGCUAUGUGAAGCCGAAAGCGCUCGAUCUCGCCGACAAUCAGCAGAUGACCACACUUAAUAGUCCAAUUUCGCCAACGGGGCAGUUCACGGAUAGCACAUCGGACAGCAUUACUGUGAAAUCCGAGUCCGAGAAUGCAUCGCUCGAAUCUACGAUGCGGCUCCCAUCGGCUCGUGCAGCUUCGCCUCAAUUGCAGAUAGCGCGAUCGCAGCUCAACUUACCAAGUGAGUCGAAUCUGGCGGGAUUCUGCAAGGGGGCUGUACGGCAACAACUUGGGGCUCGCAAAAAGGGGUUCUCGCUUGAGCAUCGGAGGGGCCCCAAAGGUCAAGAGUAUUUCUGGCGGUGCACCAAAUGCAACUUCGAGGGCCCGGCUUCAGUGUCCAAAGCGCUGCCGAGCGGCGGCCGUGGUUCGGUCAAAACUGAGAAGACGUUCGACACCCGAGUACGAUAUUCUGAAGGGGGCAUCAAAUAUCGGUGGAAUCUCCUGGCCAAAUGCCAUGUGUCCAAGAAGUUGAUGACGGGCGAUGUCAUGAACAACGGCGACGUGUUUGCUUGUUUUUUCUGUUGUGUGGAAGGGGCGGCUAAAGGCUGGAUAGAGGACGGAGUUCCGUCGCAAUUGGCGCGGUUGGGCGUCUUCGGCGAGAAGAAAGCGACAACAGUCAACAUGACACCCACAUUCACGGGACUACAGGCGUUCCUAGCACAUCUAGAGACGCACCGGCGUCCGGAUCGUACGCCCGGGUUGAUUGCGUCGAACGAGAUGUAUUGCAUCGUGGGCAGAGUUGCCCAUGAUCGAGAAGAGUUCGAUCUGAAUCUGCCUCCACUGGGUGCAUGA